UUACAACGUAGUUCAUGAAGCUACGGCGAAGAACGGGUUACAGUCAUGUGAUUUUAAGGAAUAUGAGAUGCGGAAACAUAGAAAGCAACUUGAGCGGCAAACAGCCAAGGCUUCAACAGUGUUAUGUGAAAUGUAGUCAGCGAAGCAGCAGGUGUGGCACCAACAGUUGGGGAUGGCACCCUUUCUCUGGUGCAGCUCGCUACUAAUUGGCUCAUAUUGUCCUUUCAACGGUGGUAAAGGAGAACGGUUGUGACGACGGCAAGUGCUCCAGUGAAAACUAGAAGACAGGAAUGCUGUUAUGUGACAAUGCAGAAGACAAGAGCAAAGAAGUGCUCCAAACCACUGGAGCCAGAGGAGUCAUUGUGCUGCUGUGAGUACAUUGACCGAAAUGGAGAGAAGAGCCAUUUGGUGGCAUGUUGCUGUGACUGUCAAGAUCUGGAUGAUGCUUGUGACAGGUGGUUCAAAUGCAAGUCACUGCAGCCAGGAACUCUGGAACAUGUCACUGCCACAGUAUCAGACCGUCUUCGCAUUCCAUGGUUUGCAGGGGCUAAGAAGGUUGACAUCAGCAUUCUUCCGCCCCUUCUUCUCCUUCCUGUUUUCCUGCACAUUGCAGCUUUGCACAUUCUUUUUACCGCCAUUGUGCUGGUAUCACUGCCUAUCCUGGUGCUGUGGUACUAUUACCUUACCCACCGAAAGAAAGGGCAGACUUUGUUCUUCCUUAGCCUAGGCUUGUUCUCACUUGGCUACAUGUACUACACGUUUGUUAGUGUUGUCGUCCCGAGAGGUAAUAUAGGAACUCUGCAACUGAUAUUCAUCACUGGUGGACUUCUGCUUACUCUUAUAGCACUAGCACAAGCAAAGGAAGGGCCUGGCUAUCUUGUUAAGAAAAACAGUGGAUUUCUGCCACCUUCAAAGGAAGCAGCAACAUGGAGCAGUAACAAUAAAGAAUCAAAUGGUACCAGCAGACUUGUGAUGGAGAACUGGUGCAAUGUUUGUAAACUGGAACGACCACCUCGAACAGGUCACUGCAGGAUUUGUGAUGCAUGCGUAAGCAGAUUGGAUCAUCACUGUGUCUGGAUAAACAGCUGCGUUGGAGAACAAAAUCACCGGGCAUUCAUCAUGACUCUACUGCUGUUUCUUUUUACCUCAGUUUAUGGCAUCUACCUUACUCUGGAAACUGUGUGUAUUGGAAGCAGUCCUUUAAUUGCACUGAUCUACUGUCCUGGGGUCUAUUCUGACUACAGCUCUGCCUUCUCCUUUGCUUGUGUAUGGUAUUGUGCAAUUGUGACUGCUGGUAUGGGCCAUCUCUGCAUCAUUCAGUUAAUCAACAUCAGCUAUAAUGUGACAGAAAGGGAAGCACGCAUCGCAUUACGAGAGGAAAUCGGGCGCAAGUACUUAUGGGGUCUAAUUGUGGAUACAGGCCAGUACAACCAUGGUUUCCUAAAAAACUGGAAGGAAUUCCUCACAAUGAAGUCACCUCAGUCUAGGCACAAAGUUGAAGACUUAAUUUAAAGACUUUUAACCACACAUAUCUUGGGCCCACUGUUUUUGUGUGUAGAAUUAUGUAGGUCUUUGUUUACACAAAGCUUUCUUUAUGGGUAAAACGGGUCUGUAUGAUGUAUUUUAUGGCCUUUUAUCUCUGUCAUUCCAUCGAUUUUAAACAUGAGGCAGUCUGUCCAUGUCCCUUAUAUGCAUCUGCACAUUGACCCUGCAUUUGUCAAUAGAGUUUAAAAGCUUUAGUAGUCUGCACUAUGUAAGGCAAAGUCUAACAACACUCAACCUCCCUCUGAAGAACAUUUUGUUGCAAUGUAUCUUCAGGAACUUCAGCACUGGCAAAGUAGGUUUGCUUCUACAUGAAAAAGUGCAUCAGAGGAAUCCAAAUUACUUAAAAUGCCAAAUUUAUUUUCCUUGAAGUGCUUUGUACUCAGGACAUCUGGAAUAAAUGAGCAGUACAUCACUAGGUCACUUAACAACAGGCUAAGCUAGUCAGAAUUAUUUUUACACACAGCUGUGUUAGAUGGCCAUCUCUAAUCAAAGAAUAAACAAAACAUUACUUGCUUGACAAUCAUUUUGAGAUUUUGAAUGAAUUAUUGUUAUCAUUACUAGUGUUGUUUUUAUUAUUAUUAAUGUUGCUAUAAUUAGUUGAAGUGCAAUAUAUUUUCAGAGGUUCAGAAGCAGGAAUCAUAUAGUAACUACUAUGAGCUGUGUUUAUUGUCCUGUCUCACUUAAGAAUGUACACUGUGAGAUGCCUAACCCAAAAUGGCUACAACGGAUGCAAGUAUGACUGCUUUCAGUAUUGGCUGUAGUCCAGCUAUUAAGGCCAAGCUAACAUGUUUAUCACAGGCCCUAGUAAGCAACUGAGAAUGAGCGUCUCUAGCAAUUUACUGUGUCUUAUUGCAUUACAUUGAUCCAAGAGAAGGGGACCAUACAUAUUGAGUGUCACCAUUAGUUAAGCUCCCAGUCCAGUUUUGAUAUUUUAUGGAAUGUUUGUACGGUAUUGAGGUGACCCAUGCCUUGCUAUUCAGAUAGUCACACAUGUGCAUGACACUGGUAGCUCUCCCUAACUGGAUAGCCUUAUUCAUUCUGUUUCACUUACUUCCGUAAGAGGUAUUAUAGAAUUGUACAUGAAGAUGGCAUCAUGUAUAACAAAGCUUGCAGCAGAAGGAUGUAGUGGAACAGGGAAAGGUAAACUGUAUGGGAAAGAGAGAAGGGGGAAGGGUGACCUGUAUAGAUGAAUGCAAAAAAAAUAGUAAAAACAAAAAAGAAUACUGAAAUAUAACCAGCAGAAAUGUAAAAGGGCAGCAAGGAAGAAAUCAGAACUAAUAACCAACGGACAAAAUGUUCUGCCACUACAGAGCACCAAUAUUCUAUAAUAAAUCACCAGUCAGCAUGUUCUGUCUAGUGGCAGAACAUUUCAUCUGAUCGAUUGGUUAUUAAUACUGAAGUAUACAAACAAGUUGCUCUCUUAUAGCUUUUCUUAAGUGUGGCUUUCCCAAACUUCUAGUACUGCAUGUUUUCACAGAGAAAGAAGAAUGUCCUAUACAGUAGCAAAUUUGCUUGUCAUGUCAAUCUGUUAAAAUGUUAUACUUUGUUAUAUUCCACUGCUUGAAUAUUAGACAAUACAUCAUUACUGGUACACUUGUUCCAGUGUUGAAGGGCUACCAGUGUAUUUUCUGAAUGGGAGCUUUCGGUUCUUUUAGUUAGGCAUUGGGAGGUCAUAGCACAUUCUGUUUUAUAUGAUUGUGAAUAACUAUUUACUAUGCAAAGAGUGUAUUUGUCAAAUGUAAUGUUGCCUUAUUUUUUAUGCUGCAGUUAGAGGAGUUAGAUUUUUUUCCCAUUACAUGACCAUUUUUCUGAGAAAUGUGCAGCAUUUUCGUAGCUCCACAAUUUUAAAAUAAAAAGAUUGAACUAUUAAGGCACUUCAAAGUGAUAUUUUGAACAAACAGGACACAAUGUGAUGAUCUGCAUACCUCUACACAAGCGAAGUGAGAUAAUGUGCUCCUGUUGUGGGACAUAUGACCUAAUGUCAGGACAGUUUUGAAGAUUCUUGCAAUAAGAUCACAGAGGCUCAAACAUCUUCUCUGAUUUUUAUGGUUAAAAAUGUACUGCAUAGUGCAUAGGAUGCUUUCUUCAGGUUUGGCAUGCAACCUUUCAGACAUUCUUUGUACGAACAUGAUGCAAACUGCUUCGGGACAUUGUUUAGGAUCCCUGUGAAAUUUAGUAACCCGUUUACAGCCUGCUUAUGCUCUCACAUGUCCAACUGUAUCCUAACAAAAGCAUCCAAUUUAAGAUCCUUCACUUGAGUGCUAAUGUCACCCUUUACUCUGACUGCAGAGCCUUUACUUUGCUUACAUGCUGACUUGCUAUUCAAGUGCAAGUUUUGUCCAUUAUUUUGAUGCCAUUAGGUGGUUGAUUUUUGAAACAAAUUUCACUCUGCCAUUGUGUCCUUCAUGGAAUUAUCCAUCCAUACUGAAAGCCUGCAGAUCUGUGAAGCUCUUGUCAUUUUUCUCUGUGCCUUUAUUACUCCCUUAAGAUGUUUGUUAGUGCCUAGCUCACAAGUAAAUUGUGUUUAUAAUGUACUGUUAAGGGCUUUUAUACAAGGAUUUCCAUAAGUGAAAAAAGUCAGUGCUCUGCAGAGGUAGUAGCUAUCUGUGCACAGGCGUAAGGUCAUGAUGGUUAGAUAUUAGCAUCUUCCAGAUGAAUCACCAUGAACAUCAUUUAUUUUUAUUGAUUUUAAUAUACUUUCAGUAAGAAGGGGAAUGUAUGUUGGGGAGGGACUAAUGCAUACAACCAUGUUUUCUGCACAUUUUAAUAACCAUAUAUUGAUAUUUAAAUUGUGUAUAUGUUUUCUAUACUUAAAAAGUAAAUAAUUUCUAGUAGUCAUAACGGGUGCUAAGGUAACUAAACAAAAUACAUUUUGGGAUAUCCCGCUGUUUAUAACAAUGUAUAAUUUGGUCAUCCUGUAGAUCAGAGGACAAUUUUCUUGGUCAGAUGAUUUUUAAUAGGUAUUGCCUUUUUUAACUUGAGGUUAGUUUAUUAAAGAACAUUGUUUCAGCAAUUAAAAAAAAUGAGGAAUAUUUGAAGUAGCUUGUCAUUUAAGAGCUUGGUAAAUGAAGUCAAUAGUGACAGGAUGAUGGACUUGUGUGUUACAAUAAAAAAACAGUAAUACACUAACUGUUUCUUCAUAUGUAAACUAUAUUUCUUACCUUUACUGUUCUCGAGAUGUAUUGCUGUAUGAUGUAUGGAAUGUAGUGAUAAAAAAUAAUGUAAGAGAAGGACCUAGUGUUAAAAAUAUUGUACUCACUAUACAGAACGUGAUGGCAGAUCUUGAUGUAUUCUGUAUAAUCCAGAAGAAAUGUUGAAUUAUCACAGAUAAACUGCAAUAAAAUAAAAUUGUGCUCAUA